AAUUUAAUCAAGUAUAAAAGAAAUUCAACGUAUCUUUUUAAAAUUAGUAGUUUGCAACGAACGGACGAAACAAUGAAGUUUUAUUUAAUUUUCACAAUCAUUUAUUGCUGUAUUGGUAGCAUUUUGAAUGCCCCACCACCCCCAAUCAAAAAUGAAUUGGUGAAGAAGGCAGCAGGAACGGCAGUCGAUACCGGAAUAGACUAUGUAUUUGAAAACCCAUUGGUGCCAGUUGAAGCGAAAGCUGCCAUCGCAGCAGGAAAAGCUAUCGUGCACGGAACAAAAGAAUUUCUCAGAUCAAAUAGCUUGGUGAAUGCUGGAAAAGCUGCAAUGGCUUCAGGCUUAGAGAGUACCAACAAAGUCUUAUUACCAGAAUAUUCAACUUUAACCAAAGGUGGAGCUGCACUCGCAAAAGAUCUUAUUAGUGGAAAAGGCAUGUCAUCUUCAUUUAAAGAAAGAUUAAAAGAAGGUUUAAUUGAUUCUAUUCCUGGUGGACAAGUAAUGGACCUCUGCUAUGAAUAUUUUAACCAAAAUGACCCUGAAUAUGAAGAAUGUCGAAAACAACUCUCAUUUGAUAUGGAAGAGCUUAAAAAAUCACUUCCAGGAAGUUCAAAGCCUCAAACAAGUCAAAGCCAAAACAAGAAAUUGAAGAAGCAAAAAAGUAAAAAUAAAAAGAGCUGGAAGUAAUAGAGUAUUGAAUGAAUAAUCAGUUUAAUACAUUUUCACCACUCAUUCGAUUUAAUUCCUAACUACGUUCAAAAUUCAUUAUCCAAUAAUCAAAGCACUCAAUUGUUUUUUUUUUAGACAAUGUAAUUCAGAAAUGAAAUAAAUCGACAUUUUAUCUUAA